AUGACAAGGAAGAAGAGCGACCAAGGUUAUUCUCGAGUAUCAAAUUGGCUGUGCCUGGACUUACACCGCACACUCGGGUCCUACAAUCCUCUUGGCUGCGAUUUCAGCCUCUUUUUUUUUAUCAUAUGGUUCAUCGGUGCUUUACAGCUUUGGCUUGCAUAUCAGUCUGAUCUCUCCCGCAGUGCGUUAAGCCAUCAAUCUGCGUCUCAUCCCUUUCGCUCACUGGUUAUGGGGUUGCAUUUCACUCCGCCCUCGGAAACACAAGAGCGCCAUCCAGCAGCAAGUGUCCAGGUAGUACCCCUUCGACUAGUCUGA